AUGAGACUGCCAACGCUGGUAGCUGGCCUGAUGGCCUUGAUGGCCUCCAAUGUCGCCGCCACGGCAUUGACCUACAAGCUGACCGCCAACGAAAGGGCCUGCUUCUACGCGGCCACCAAGAACCCGAACGAGAAGAUUGCCUUUUACUUUGCUGUGCAAUCGGGUGGUUCAUUCGAUGUCGACUACAUCGUCGAGGGCCCCGGCGGCAAGGUGAUCCUGCAGGGCGAAAAGGAGCGACAGGGCGACUUUGUCUUCACCGCGCAGCAGGUUGGCGAGUACUCGUUCUGCUUCGACAACGAGAUGAGCACCUUUGCCGAGAAAUUCGUCGACUUUGAGAUUGCUGUCGAAAACGAGUCUCGAACCGCACAGCUCCCCUCCAAGCAGGGCUCAUCACCGGAACAGACGUCUAUCCUGGAAGAAUCCAUCUACAAGAUCUCGGGCCAGCUGUCGACCAUUUCACGAAACCAAAAGUACUUCCGAACACGAGAGAACCGCAACUUCAGCACCGUGGCGAGCACGGAGAAGCGCAUUGUCAACUUUAGCAUGAUCCAGAUUGCUCUCAUCAUCUGCAUGGGGGCGCUGCAGGUGUUUGUUGUUCGGUUCUUCUUCCAGGGCGCGCGCAAGGGCUACGUUUAAACGAAUGAUGCUUUUCUUCUAUUUUGCAACGCAAGGCAUACGGAUAUGCAAUCGACGACCCGUUUGUCCCGCAUGAGCUGGGAUGGUAUGGACGGAGGCGUGGCAUGAGAUACCUUGGGUAGGCCAACGUGGCCGGAGUCUUUUGG